AAACGUUCGGACGCGCUUGCACGCGCGUAUCCACGGCGCGCACACGGGAGCCUGCGUGAUGUCUCCACGUGGCGCGCCUCAACGGGGGACAAACGUGGAGAUUGGCCGAGUGAUUUUCAGAUGAAUUGUCACACUAACACGAAAAGAAUAAGUCCUGAUGCGCGUUUCCACAACGCGUGUUUUUUUUCCUUUUAAGCCCACUCCCUCCUCCUCCUCCUCCUCCUCGCCUCGCUUUUCCUCCCCACCCUUUUGCAGAUGUUGGCUCUGCGAGCCCCUCAUCAGGACCAUUUACCUUUGCGCGUCACAGUCAUGCUGUGCUGGAGGGCAAACAGCGGGGGCAAAUCAUUGUGCUGAUGCUGCACCUUUGGUCGGUGGAGGGAAACACCAGCACCUCCUCGAUCGGUCCCCUCCCUCCUCCCUCCUCCCUUUUUUUUUUUUUUUUUUUUUGUUGCCAAUCGCCAUCCAACGACAGCCUACCCGUAGGAAAGGAGUCUGGGAGGGGAGAGCGAGGACACACCCGCACAUACUGUACCCGGUGUACGCGGCGAGGAUGCCGCAGACAACACGAGGUGAACAUCAUCGAAUGCUCCACAUUGGAUUUUUUUUUUUUUUUUAACCUGCUCUGACGACCUGAUUGUCGCAGCUGGUUAUUCACCUCGCUGAUAUCAACGUCCAGCGGGAGCAGCAACUCCCACCACGUAUGGAAAAGAUGCCUCCAGUCGGAACCUAGGGGACACCCUGUGGCCGUCAGGUCAUUACGCCGUUGAGCCCCCUCCCUCUCCUGGACCCCGCCCGCAGUUCUCCAAGCUGCAGGACCCUGACUCACUGAAAAGUGCAGGCCUCCACCCCCUGCAGAAUGACUGUCGCCACCGGCGACCCCUCUGACGAGGCGGCCACUCACCCGGGGCAGGACUACGACCCGGAGGCCGACCACGAGUGCUGCGAGAGGGUGGUCAUCAACAUCUCAGGGCUUCGCUUCGAGACUCAACUAAAGACCCUCUCACAGUUCCCAGAGACGCUGCUGGGGGACCCCAAAAAGAGGAUGCGCUACUUCGACCCGCUGAGGAACGAGUACUUUUUUGACAGGAACAGACCCAGCUUCGACGCCAUAUUGUAUUAUUACCAAUCAGGGGGCCGGCUAAGAAGGCCGGUCAACGUCACCCUUGAUAUUUUCUCAGAGGAGAUUCGCUUCUACGAGCUGGGCGACGAGGCCAUCGAGAUAUUCAGAGAAGACGAGGGCUUCAUCAAGGAGGAGGAGCGUCCUCUUCCGGACAACGAGUUUCAGAGACAGGUGUGGCUGCUGUUUGAGUACCCAGAGAGCUCAGGUCCUGCUAGGAUUAUUGCCAUAAUCUCUGUUAUGGUCAUUCUGAUAUCUAUCGUCAGUUUCUGCUUGGAGACCCUUCCCAUUUUCCGCAAUGAUGAUGACGAUAUGCACAGGUCUGAAGUCUAUUACCCCGAGACCAACACCACAAUCAUCACUUACACGUCCACCUACUUCACCGACCCCUUCUUUAUCCUGGAGACCCUCUGCAUCAUAUGGUUCUCCUUUGAGUUUCUAGUGCGCUUCUUCGCCUGCCCCAGCAAAGCCGGCUUUUUUGGCAACAUAAUGAACAUAAUUGAUAUCGUUGCCAUCAUCCCUUACUUCAUCACUCUCGGCACGGAGCUCGCGGAAAAGCCAGACGACGGUCAGGCGGGUCAGCAAGCCAUGUCUUUAGCCAUUCUCAGGGUCAUCCGCUUGGUGCGAGUGUUCCGUAUUUUUAAGCUCUCCCGUCACUCCAAGGGGCUUCAGAUUUUGGGUCAGACCCUGAAAGCCAGCAUGAGAGAGCUGGGCCUGCUCAUCUUCUUCCUCUUCAUCGGGGUCAUCCUUUUCUCGAGCGCCGUCUACUUCGCCGAAGCGGACGAGCCCGAGUCCCAGUUCGAAAGCAUCCCGGACGCCUUCUGGUGGGCCGUGGUGUCCAUGACAACGGUAGGCUACGGCGAUAUGGUCCCAACCACCAUCGGCGGCAAGAUCGUGGGCUCCCUCUGCGCCAUCGCCGGCGUGCUCACCAUCGCCUUGCCCGUGCCCGUCAUCGUGUCCAACUUCAACUACUUCUACCACCGCGAGACCGAAGGCGAGGAGCAGGCGCAGUACCUGCAGGUCAACGUGGCCAAGGCCGACUCGUCGGAGGAGCUGAAGAAGAGCCGCAGCGGCUCCACCAUCAGUAAAUCGGACUACAUGGAGAUCCAGGAGGCGGUGAACAACAGCCGCGAGGAAAUUCAGGAGGAGAACCUUAAGACGGCCAACUGCACGCUGGCCAACACAAACUACGUAAACAUCACCAAAAUGCUCACAGAUGUGUAGGCUUCUGCUUUUUCUCCUCCCCCGUCAAGGCGGGAAAACGCGCAGCCGGGCAUCUGGGCGGGACAGGCGCACAGCCUCCCAUCUCACGUGUGCUGGGAAAAGAAGGCAAUAGAAAUCAGGGUGACGAUGAUGGACAGUUGGAUAUUAAAGAACGCGAAGCCCAUCCGCUCACUCCUCACUCAUCCUGUCUUCCCUCCUCACAACUUGCCGUUAAAACUCCUGAUGACUGUCAAACAGAGUGGAAUUUCGCAUUUCUGCAUGGAGUUGGCUGGCUUUUUGUGUGUGUAUGUGUGUGCGUGCGUGCGUGUGGCUGUUUUAAAAAAAAAAAAAAAGAAUAACAA